GGAGGGCAUAAAAUCGUCGCGAGGCCAGCCAUCGUCUUUCCAGACCUCGUUUCUUUGUUAUUUUGCCAAGGCUUGGUACCAUAAAUAAUAUCAAAAAGGCUUCAAUAACAUGCGUGCUACGGCUGCCUCAAUUGCGAUCUCGCUGUUCGGCUAUGCAGCCGCUGAGACUGUCCAUGGCGUCGUUGUCUUCAGCCGCCAUGGAGAUCGAACAACCAAGCAUUAUGGAGCUCAUUCAUUGACCAGCGGUGGUUCUCAGCAGUGUUUCGAGGUUGGGAGUGACUAUCGAAGCCGCUAUCUGGAGGCGGACUCCUCGAGUCGAAUUCUCAACAUCUCCGAGGAUAAAUAUGCCUCCUCGCAAAUCUACGCAAGUGCUCCCGAUCAAGGCAUCCUAUUGAACACGGCCACGGCAUUUCUGCAAGGUCUCUACCCUCCCUUAGUAGAUCUCAACGCUCAGGUCGCGUCGUCGACCCUCAACAACGGCAGCACAAGUACGAGCCCCCUAAACGGUUACCAGUAUGUUCUUCUUCAUGGCGAGAACUCCAACUCCCCAGACACUAUCUGGAUCAAGGGCGAUGAUGGAUGUCCCACAAACGCCAAGGCCUACAAGGCUUUUGAAGCCAGUGAAGAGUUCCAGACCCGUGUCACGGAAACCAAGGACUUUUACGGCAGCUUCUACGAUGUGCUCGAGAGCGUGUACGACUACAAGCCCGAGAACAUGACGUACAAGAACGCGUACGAUAUCUUUGAUCUAGUCAACGUAGCACGCAUCCACAACAGCACAUCUUUGGCCCGGAACGUGACGGACGAGGAGCUCUUCCAGCUGCGAACGUUGGCAGACAGCGCUGAGUUCGGUUACAACUUCAAUGCUUCCAAGCCUGACAGCACCAUUCAUGCAAAGACUCUUGCAGCUGGCAUUCUUGCCCAACUCAACCAGACCGUUGCUUCUGAGGGGAAACUCAAGUUCUCCCUCCUCGCGGGCAGCUACGAUACCUUCAUGUCCUUCUUUGGUCUUACCGAUCUCAUCACCAUUUCGGAUGACUUUUACGGUCUCCCAGACUAUGCCUCGACUAUGGCGUUUGAGCUCGUCAGCGAUAACAUGACUGUAUUUCCCGCUAAUGUCGAUGCCGACCUUCGCGUGCGCUUCUUGUUCCGCAACGGCACUUUUGGCGAGCUGACAGCGUUUCCCCUUUUCGGCACCGGAGAGGAGACUCUAUCAUGGCCGCGCUUCGUCGAAGAGAUGCAAAAGAGAGCCAUUAGCACCGUCGAGGAAUGGUGUAAUGCCUGCUCUAGUCUUGUAUCAUUCUGUGCAGCUUACCAAUACGAGGAGGCGGCGAGCUCUAGCUCAGGGAGCGGCGGAGGCAUGUCGAAUGCUGUCGCCGGUGUUAUCGGUGCUAUGGUCACUCUCGGUGUUGUUGCUAUCAUUGGUGCUAUUGCAUUCUUCAUGAUGAAGAAGCGACGCGCAACUCCUGUCUCUCAAGUGCAAGGGUCUACGGCUGAAAAGUCCAGUCUACGCAGCGGUGGUAGUGUUUGAAUUUCUUGGCCGACACAUGUUGAAUCGAGGCGACGAGUAUGAAUGCAGCGAGAGUAAUGCCGAUUCUCCGUUUCCAUGUAUGUUAUUGUCAGCGAAGCAAGGCUCUGCAAGAGUCUGGUCAUCCGACCUUCGCGAGUCUGAAGUGGAUUGAAAGGACCAUGCCUGUCAAGCUUUGUGAUAACGGCGAUCAUAGUGAUCUUUAUUGAAAACGACGGCGCUAAGGCUACCCCGGCAGGGUUCAUAAACUGGGCCUUAUUUCAAUGUAGUUGAAACGACUUGAGCGAGUCGUUUGUCAGCAGUCUUCAGGAACCCGAGUUCAUCUAAUCUUUGCACGGAACAUCCGACGGGAUGUUUUUUAAUAAUCCGCUUUUACACAGGAGAACUCUUUCAUAGUCACGAUGCAAGUCGGAAGUAGUUU